AUGUCCCCGUGUAUGGAGAUUCGAGCAAAUCUAACUCAAGCCCCCUUUCUGGACAUGUGGGGGACUCAAAGGCAUUUGGACACUGCUGCUUUAAAGAAUGGAAGCCUUGCGCUGCUCGGUGCUACGGGGCUGCCGUUGAAGAACGUCACUUCUCCGGGACCUGGCGGGUUCCGCGAUGAGUAUUGCACUGCGACUGUGGGCGGGCCCGCUGGGGCAUGUAACUGCGUUGUCUUAGGGGGUAAUAAUCAAGCCUACAAAGUUGCACACAACGACUACUACAAAGCCAAGGAUUAUGCAAACGCCAUUGGAGAAUACAUUAAAGCCCUUGGUAUCGAGCCCUUUCCAGUCACCUAUCUCUCCAGACGAGCCGCAGCAUUCAUGCUCGUUAAUCAGGUCCUCUAUCGACUAGCUCGAAUAUAUAUCGAACUUGGUGAGCCAGCAGAACUCCUUGACAUAUUCAACCAGUCCUCCUCUAUUCAAUCGGCGUCGGCAGUAAUAGUCUCACAAUCAAUGCCUCCUAAACCAGAGCUAGUAGAAAGGCUAAUACGAGAAGGUGCAGAUCCAGAUGCAGAAAACGCACAAGUUGAGCUCGGGCUAGGGGUCGGCAUCAAGAAGCCUAGGAAAUGGCGAUCGAGAGUCGAAGAAACGUCUCUUGCAGAUCUUCGCGCAACUACAGGAAUCGAAUAUGCUGUCUCCCCAGGUGAGACCAACCAGGCGGACAGCAGGCACUCGACUGCGUUCCCUGAGUCCCGCUCGGAAACGAAUCGUGCUGAUGGAGAAUCAUUCAAGGGAUUACCAGAGAAGUUCCCAAGCUCUGACCAGAACUUCGUUGGCAUGGAACCUGAUGCUAUCUCAGCAGAGCCUGGUAAUGUAUAA